GAGAGAGAGGACAGAAACCUCGACGCACCGCUCUCCAGGACUACAAACUAACUCCCCUUCCUCUCUUUCUUGCAACAUAUUUCCCUCACUUUUUCCCUCCAAAUGCUUCUCUCCCACUUGAUUUAAUUAACGGCUCAUCUCUCCUUAAACUUAGAUUGAUUUAUUCCUCCCAACUUUCUUUCCCCUCGUAACCGGAUCGAGCGAACAGGUGGAGAUGAUGGUGAGCGAACCGGCGCCGCUCGGUGCUGCGCUCUCCCCGGCUCUGCGCACCCAAACGCGGGUCGCGCUGCUGCUGUGGCCGCUGUUGGUGACCUACAGCCACUUAGUGUCGGCGCAGGAGCUAUCGGCCAGCAGUGUGAACGGAUACAGCCUGCACCCGCCCUACUUUAACCUGGCCGAGGGAACCAAGAUUUCCGCCACGGCGACCUGCGGGGAGGAAGACACCGGCAGGACCGUGCAGGACCUGUACUGCAAGCUGGUCGGAGGCCCGGUGUCCGGAGACCCGAGCCAGACAAUCCAGGGCCAAUACUGUGACAUCUGCAGCCAGGGCGAGAGCGAUCGCGCCCACCCCAUCACCAACGCCAUCGACGGGACGGAGCGAUGGUGGCAGAGCCCGCCUCUGUCCCGCAACACCGAGUACAACGAGGUGAACGUCACCCUGGACCUCGGACAGCUUUUCCAUGUGGCCUACGUGCUGAUUAAGUUCGCUAACUCUCCACGUCCGGACCUUUGGGUUCUGGAGAGAUCCGUCGACUUUGGGCAGAACUACCAACCCUGGCAGUACUUCGCCUCCUCCAAGAGAGACUGCAUUGAGCGUUUUGGACAGAGGACCAUCGAGAGGAUCAGCAACGAUAAUGAUGUCGUCUGCACGACUGAAUACUCCCGUAUAGUCCCGCUGGAGAACGGAGAGAUCGUGGUGUCCUUGGUGAACGGUCGGCCAGGGGCCAUGAACUUCUCCUACUCACCGAUCCUGAAGGACUUCACCAAGGCCACGAACAUCAGGCUCCGCUUCCUGAGAACCAACACGCUGCUGGGACACCUGAUGGGCAAGGCGCUCCGUGACCCCACUGUGACCCGCAGGUAUUACUACAGUAUCAAAGACAUCAGUAUUGGAGGACGCUGUGUGUGUAACGGACACGCUGAAGCCUGCAACGCCAAGGAGCCCAACAACCCCUACAAGUUACUGUGCGAAUGUCAGCACAACACCUGUGGCUUGUCUUGUGGCCAGUGUUGCUCCGGAUACAACCAGUUGCCAUGGAAACCGGCCACGACCUACAAUGCAAAUGAGUGUGAACAGAAUUCCUUCAGGUCUUCUGGUUAA